AUGAACGUCCAUCAACAUGUCAAUAAUGAAUUGAGUUAUUUCGAUGUGUCAAUCCUAAUAGCUUACUGUAUUCUGUUAAUUGGUGGAGGUUUCUAUUCCAUGUUUAAACAUAAUCGUUCGACUGUCAAAGGAUAUUUUCUUGCGAAUCGACAGAUGCCCUGGUUGUGUAUCGGAGCAAGUUUAUUCGCAUCGAACAUCGGUGCUGAACAUUUCAUUGGUUUAGCAAGUUCCGGUGCGGCGAAAGGUAUAAGUGCUGGUGCGUACGAGUUACAUUCGCUUUCAGCUCUUCAACUGCUUGGUUGGGUGUUUUUACCAGUUUUUAUCGCCACCGGCGUCUCAACGCUACCCGAAUAUAUGAGUAAACGAUUUGGUGGACAACGCAUUCGAAUCUACAUCGCUUGUCUCUACCUUUUGCUCUACAUUCUCACAAAAAUCAGCGUAAAUAUCUAUGCAGCAGCACUGUUUAUUAAUUAUGCUUUCCACUGGAAUAUAUAUCUAAGUGUCUUAUUCGUUCUGACUCUAACAGCAAUCUGUACGGUGUCCGGUGGUUUAGCAAGUGUGAUGUACACUGACACGAUUCAAGCAGUAAUUAUGAUCAUCGGAGGAUUUCUAUUGAUGAUUCUAUCCUAUCAAAAAGUUGGUGGAAUACCGGAAAUUUAUCGACAGUAUUUGAGUGCUAUGCCAUCUGUAAACAAUGAUUAUCAAAUUGGAAAUAUGACAAAUAUUUGGUUAAACCAAACGAGUAUAUGUGGUAAACCAACAAUGAAAUCCUUCCAAAUGUUACGAUCAUUAUCGGAUCCCGAAAUGCCUUGGUUAGGUUUCCUUAUAGGACAUACACCUAAUACAAUCUGGUUUUGGUGUUCCGAUCAAAUGAUGGUUCAGCGCGCAUUAGCCGCACGAACCAUUUCACAUGCUCGUGGUGGUACAAUCUUAGCAGGUUAUUUGAAAAUUCUUCCAUUAUUUAUGAUUAUUUUCCCUGGGAUGAUUAGCCGAAUCUUAUUUCCCGACACAGUUGCUUGUAAUCAACCAUCAACUUGUCAAUCCAUAUGUCACAACCAACGACGUUGUACCAACAUUGCUUAUCCAACUUUAGUAUUGAACAUUCUACCGCACGGUGUUAAAGGUAUUAUGUUAGCUAUCAUGCUAGCCGCAUUAAUCUCAGGUUUAACGUCGAUCUUUAAUUCUGCGAGUACAAUAUUCACAGUUGAUAUUUAUCCACAUGUGUUAGCCUUCCGUCGGAAGAACAUAACCAAUCGAGAAUUGAUGAUCGUCGGUCGUCUUUUUGUUAUUCUAAUGACCGUUGUUGGCAUUGCAUGGAUACCAGUCGUUAUUGAAUUGCAAGGGGUAGAACUGUAUACGUACAUGCAGCAGGUGAUCGGCUUCUUAGCACCACCGAUCGCUUGCAUUUAUAUAUUGGCAGUUUUGUGGAAGCGUACCAAUGAAAGUGGCGCAUUUGCUGGAUUAAUGGUCGGAUUUGUUUUUGGUUUAUUACGAAUGAUACUUGAGUUUUCAAAACAACCACCACUCUGUGGAGAGAAUGAUUCACGAUUUUGGCUGGUGAGAAAAGUUAAUUUUAUGUAUUAUUCUUUGUUUCUAUUUUGGUUGACUUUAAUUACGUGUGUGAGUGUUUCACUGUGCACACAACCGCCGACGGAAGAACAAUUAUAUCGAACAACAUUUUGGACGAAAAAUCAACAAAAAUCAACGCCGGAACAUGUACAAAUGCUUGACGUUGUCAAUCAUGAAACUCCAAUCGUCAGUCAGCCGAUCGAUGCCACAAAUACUCUUCCCGAAACACAUCGCGUAGAGAAGCCCGGCGGUUGUAACGCGUUCGUGCUUGUGAAAGCGUGCUGGUCAUGGUUUUGUGGUUUGGACGAUGGCCAUGACAAUCAUCAGGGAAUAGUAGAUAAGGCUCCGCAUGAAGAUGUCGAUUUGAUGGUACACCAUCGCGAAGAACGUCCGUUGAUCAAAUGGAUUCUAAAUAUAAAUUUAAUCAUCAUCCUUCUGCUCGAAAUUUCUCUAAUGGUUUUGUUUUCAUUACCGGUUAAAUAUACAUUCUGGCGGAAUUAA